GGUCUCGGAGGAAUUGAAGAACUGCUAGAUGCAGAUUCUCUUCAAUGGGCUUUGAAUCGGCAAGCUGAGUUUCUGUCUGCCCGCCCCUGCACCGCUGUGACGAUGAGUUUACGGCUAGCCACUCGGCGGCUGGCCCUGCCAAGCCAAUCUCCCUCAGCUUCUUUGCUGACACCGGGAAAAAAUGUUUCUCACGGAAGUACUGGCGUGCUAGUUCAACGCCGCAACAAAUGGUCAAUCAACAUGUUCAAGGGCUGGGGUAAAUCUGGCGCCAAAGACUCUGGAGACAAAGGUCAAGAUCCAGUAGCCUCCGAACUGGACGACCCCAAGAAACGACAACAGUUCCUUCAGAGAAACAUGCGAGGUGGAGUGGAGGACAACAUUUUCCAGGACGAAAUCGAAGCCGCGAAGCCGGCAUCUGAAACACCUGCCGCCCCGGCAUCAGAAGAAAGGACAAAGGAGAGUUUGGCGAUGGUGGUCGAUCCAGAUGCCCGGAGUCGCAUUCGGUGGCAGCGGAAAAAGGUCAUUCAACUGGUUCGACGAAAUGGAGAGCUGACUAGGGAAGAGAGGAUCAAGAUGACGGAGCGGGAGCUGCGUCACAAGAGCGAGUUUAUGCCGACAAGCGUCAAGAAGCUGGUCAUGUUGGCGCGCCAGAUUGCCGGCAAACCAGUCGACGAAGCUAUUCAGCAAAUGCAGUGGUCAAAAAAGAAGUUUGCGGCGGAGGUCAAAUAUCACCUAGAGGAGGCUCGAGACAUGGCUGUUGUCCAACGUGGCAUGGGUCUCGGCAAGGUCAACGGUGACCUUUUAGACAAGCCUCGAAAAGUUCAAACCAAGGAUGGCAAGUGGAUUGAGAUUGCGGAUCCGACACGUUUAUACGUUGCGCAGUCAUGGGUUGGGCGAGGGCCCUGGCGUGGAAAGGAGCUGGACUACAAAGGCCGUGGAAGAAUGGGUAUCAUCCAACACCCAAGUACCAGCUUUACGGUCAUCCUAAAGGAAGAAAAGACCAGAAUUAGAGAAUACGAAGAGCAGAAGGCGAAGGAGGCACAAAAUGGCCCUUGGGUUCAUCUACCAAACCGCAAAGUACACGGCCAGAGACCAUAUUAUUCAUGGUAGAGACGCCCGGGUUGGUUGGAGUCGGAAGCAAAUCUGUUUAAAUUUCACCCAGCAAUAGAGUCAGCAUGACAAUGAGCAUGUAUCUGUAUCAAUAUAUGUACAACGAAAGGAAAAAAAACAAACAGUCGGGUGACUGGAUAGACUUUUAUCAGACAUGGUUCCCGCGUCGCUAAAAUUUAUAAAUGUAUAAAUCGAGCUUUAGCUUGACGUUACCCUCAACCGGUGUAUCUUCCUCUUCUUCCUCUUCUUCUUUUUCGGAUAGUGGAUGUCGGAUAACACAUUAAACAGAUACCCUCUCUGGAAUAAAUCGUCUAGUCUCCGACAACCGCCUUGAUUAAGUCUUCAAUUAUAGCCCUGCGACAUAACCCAUGCAGUUGAAACAAAUGGAACGUGGACGAAAAUUGGUCUUCAAUUAUGAGCUAGUCCCACUACCAGAGUGCAGAUAGCUAGCUGCUCUGAAGACUACAGCAGACAACGACACGCAAUUACACCAUAACUUUUGGCUGUUGCCGAGGCACCAUAUCUUCGUACCGGUUGGACAUCAUUUCGAUGUCAUUCGAGUACUUUUCGAAAGCGCCUUGUCCAGAUCCCGAAUUGGAAGGGGGUUGCGAUAUAUCAAAAGAGGCACUGGGCCUAUUGCGGUUUCUGAGGAACAUGAAGACAGCGGCAAAGGCAAUUGCAACUACGCCACCCGCAACUCCGACUCCGAUACCAAUGGCUGCACCCUGAGAUAAUCCCGAGCCACCAGCAGGAGUUGCUGCGGCCGUCUCGCUAGAAGUGGGAGUAGAGGAGGCAGAAGUAGCAGGGACAGUGGUAGAAGGGGCAGCAGAUGAAGUCGAAUUGGAAAAUGGAAACGUUCCCGAA